AAAUGCAGCCACUCCUUUAGAGCUUCAACACGCAAAAAAAAAAUCAAAAUCAAAAUCUUAUUUCUAAUGGCUUACAAAGCUUCUUCUUUACUUGUACUGGUUCUCAUCUCCAAUAUCCUUCUUUCCAUUGCUUUGCAAGCAGUCGCAGCGCGCAAUAGUAUUCCAAAUAAUUCUAGCAAGAAUGACAAGAAAGAGCCUCAGUUUAUGUUCAGGUCUGAUGGCAGUGUUUAUAUUCCAGGCAUCGGCCGUGUAGGACUGCCUGGUUUUCAACCUCAAAAUCCAUUCCUUGGUGGCAGUGGAGGAGGAUCAGCACCAGCAGGUGGCAGUUAUGUUCCUGGUGGCGACGACACCUUAGUUCCAAACCCUGGUUUCGAGGUUCCUACCCCAGGAAGUGGUGGUGCAGUUCCAACACCAAUUUUUCCAUGAUUUAGCUCACUUAUGAGUCAUGAAUAAAUAUGCUCAAUCUUAAAGUAAUAUGCUGCUACAUGUUAUGCAGAGUUCUUAUUUUCAUUGUUUAAGAUGAAUUAAGUAGUAUUCUGUAGGUUUGAUUGAUAGUUUCAUUUGUUUGCAACCCCAUUGUUGUCAAAGUAGUUAGUUGCUGAUUUUAUUUUCUGUCCUAUGUCAGUUUUCAAUUUCAAUAUCAAAUUCUUCUAAUGCUAUCAAGAUAA